AUGAUUACAGGGAUCCCCUUCUCUAGGAGACCCGUUUCUUUGACCCCUUCCCUUAAGACGAAAUCCCUUGAGGAUAUUGGUAAGCUCUUGGGUUUCAAAGUGACCUCUCGCGUCAUUCUCUUGUCCAUCUUGAAGGAGUGGGACAACUGUGUUAUUGAUGACAACUCUCCUAGGGAGUUAUUGGACCAGGCUGCUAGGAGUUUUCUCCUUUAUCUUGUCUCCAAUGUUCUUUUCUGUGAUGGACGAGGCCGCACAGAUACUCUUCUUGCUUGUUUCUUUGAGGAUUUCAAUGAGGCAGCAUCCAUCGACUGGGGCGGAUCUGCCUAUGCCCACUUUUUGAGGAUGUUAGAUCACCUUGCCUUCGGCGCUCCUGGCUCGACCGGCUGCACCUACGUAUGGUGUUAUGAGGUUCUAGGGAUCCAUACCCCUGGUCUCCCUGACGAAACAGCUCCUUACAUCCCCCAAGUGACUCGUUGGGGGAAGGCCGGGUGUUCUCUUAUCGAUGAGCUGCAAAUCCGCUGGCAGCCCUACAAUGAGGAGCAGAUUGUGUAUCCUGAUGACUUGGAGGAGUACCGGUACGCCUGUGGGCUUGUCCAAAAGUGGAUAGCCUUUGAGGGUCCUUCCGGGGUGGAGCUCUAUCUUGGGGAGAGGGUGACCCGCCAGUGGCAUUCUACUCAGAUGGUGCCUUGGCCUCCCCGUGCUCAUAUGCGUGCUUCUCUCUUAUCUCCUGAUAUUGAGGUCCUGAGGGUUGGGAUCGCAACCGCUACUCUGAGCCUUGCCGGAUCCAACUUCACUGAAAUGAAAGAAAGCCAAAACUGA